CGAGCUCGUACCCCAUUUUAAAGGAUUUCACUGGUCGACUAACUUAAUUUGGGCGCUGAAUGGGCCCUGAGCCUGUUGGGCCAACUCCUAGGGCCCAGAGCCUACGGGGGGGCCGAUCUCCUUACUCGGCCGUUACCAGCGGGAAAUUUCACGAUAACGGGGAUGCAGCCCAAGGGUCGCGCUAGUUGUUUUUGUCAUUUCUUAUUUUUAUUUUGCUAUUAUUAUCGUGAUUUGAAUGGAUGGCUUAGGAUGGGGACGUCUGGAUGUCAAUCCUUUCCUAACCGUCGACCCAUAGAUCGAAAAUGGGGCUUUUCUCUGUCGAUUCUUGUCUCAUUGCCCACACCAAGUCCUGUUUUUUUUAACUUCUUUUUUUUUUCUUUUCUGUACAUCUCCAUCUCCCUCUUCCCCUGUUCCUUGCACGUUUUGGUCACUAUCAUUGCCGUCUGGCCUCUCCAGUACCUUUCUAUCUCAUAGCCCUCCGUCAUUGUAGCUAAGGGCUUGAGACAAGCAACGAGAGAAAAGGGAAAAAAAAGGAACGCUCUCAAAAGUCCAAGGGAGGCACGGAUACAUCUAAGAAUCAACGAGAGACAUCGUCAUGACUGCUGCACCUCCGGUGCCUCACGCCAUCCCCGAGGGCCUCAACGGGGCUCCUGGUCAUCUCGCACACACUCUUCCUCGCUACCAGGCCAUCGCCAUGAAUCCCAAUCCGCCUUCUCACCCACCAAUGCCUCCACCUGAGCAAAUGGUUCAAAAUCAUCACUAUCGUCACUAUCCGCCACCACCUUUGCACGAUCCUCAUGCAGGACCGCCUCCCCCACCACCACCGGCGGCCUUGUCUUCUCUAGAUCAGAUCGAAGCUCGCUUGCGUCAAUUGGAACAUGAAGAAAUGAACCGAAUGGCAGCUCGGCAUCAUCUGCUUGCAGUUCGCAAGCGUGAAGACGAGGAGUUCCGUAGAAUGACCGAGAGCGCCGAGGCCGAGGAGGAGGAUCUCCGAAGACAACGCAAAAGGAUUAAGAGAGAGUCGAUGGGCCUCGGGCCCAAUCAAACAAUGGACUCGCCGCCGAUGCGGCCAACACCACCACGCCGGUUGUCCGAGACCAGCGCGGCUACGACUUUGGCCUUUUUCAAGCAACAGAGCCCUCCAGAACCUCGCCAGACACCGCUACCACCAGUUUCACGCACACCACAGCCACCUCCUAUGCCUCCACCUGCCCAUAUGCAUUCUCAACCUCACCACGCUCCUCCACCUCCACCUCCUCCAUCUCAGCACCCUCAACACCCUCAUCCUCAUCAACAUCAACAUCAGCACCCAAUUAAUCCCCACGAUGCCAUCAAUGGCGCAGGAUCUAUCCGGCGCAAGCAAAAGUAUACAAUCAAGAACGUCGAGGCAUGGGGUGAGCGUCACGGCCGCCCAGCCGCCCACGAUCCUUCCGGCCGCGCCCUGUGGAAGCGGCCCUCGGAUGGAAGCCUGGUUUAUUUAACUUGCCCGAUCCAGGGCUGCGGGAAAUCCGACUUUGUCACACUGCACGGCUUCAUGUGCCACUUGACCAAGAAGCAUAAAGAUCGCACGUUGGGCAGCCAAUCGCGUGCGCUCGAGAUGUGUGGUAUUGUCUACGAUCCGAAUGCGCCGUUGCCGCCAGUUCAGGCGUCAAAUCGUGGAUCGAUGGAAGAUAGUCCGAUGGAUGGGGGUCCGGAUGAUGAAAGCCAUGAUCCUGAACUCGACUCGGAGCCCGAGGACAGCGAAGAACCUCGUGAUGAGAUCUAUCGAGUCAAGACCGAAGCGACUGAACGGUCUCUUCGUGAUACGGUUGACCCUGCCGCCUCGCAAGAUGCGUCGCCUAUACCGCCUAAACUGACCAUGAACGGCUCAAUUAAGCAAUCGAUCUCUUCUAUUAUUGACCGCACACCUGACUCUGAACCUCGGGAAGCGUUGGCAUCAUUGACGCCCUCUGAAUCCGUCUCCCAGGGCCCGGUGGCCGUCUCCUUGGAACAGUCUGUUCCUGCGAAGAGGAAAUACGAGUAUUCACCCGAGAAGGAGAACACAGAGCCGAAGGAAGGCUCUGCAACCGAGUAAAUCUUGUUUAACAAUGUUAAUACGCAAAAGCAUCAGCAGUACAGUCAAGCCUGUCGGUAUUACUUCGCAUUCUGUUUUGCCUGUCUGUGUGCGGCUUUAUAAAUUAAUACGGCCCCUUCAAAAGCAGCCCGUUGCAUCCAACCAUGUUCAUCAUUCUCAAUCAUCUCCAGCAUGCCAUUUGUGUUACUCGUACCAGUCCAUCAUUGCAUUGAUCGUGAUGUCGUUCCUUCUUCUUUUCAAUACCCUUGUCUUCCUUCUUUGUGUUGAUUAUCAGAAUCCUAUCUUUCGUGUCUCCGUGGCCCAACGGAACCUGUGUUUUAUCUUUCAAGCAUUUUCUGGCCUGUUUCUCCUUUCUGGUUGUUGAUUAUUCUUCGACGCUACUUGUCUGCUGCACAUAGCAUUCGCACCUGUUUUUUGG